AUGUUUCCUUCAGUCGAUGAUCGCCUUGCUAUCCUUGCCGUCUUACCCGCAUCCCUUGUUGUCAUCAAAGCUUUCACGUGGUUCAUUGAUAACAGACAGAACAAACCUCGCCUUCCUCCUGGCCCGGUGCCGCUCCCACUGUUAGGAAACGUCUUAUCUAUCGACACCAAGGAGCCUUGGUUGACUUAUACCGAAUGGGCUGCUGCUCAUGGAGACUUGGUGUUCGUGCGACUUCUAGGCCAGGAAGUCGUGGUGAUCAAUUCUCAGCACGUUGCAGAAGCUUUGAUGGAUAAGCGUUCUCGCAUUUACUCCGACCGACCAUACUUAGCCACACUCGAGCCGUUUGGUUGGUCGUUCGUCUUUGCAUUCAUAGGUUAUGGUGACGAAUGGCGUCUUUCCCGACGACUCUUCCAUCAAACUUUCCGUCCCGACUCCGCACUCAAGUUUCGUCCUAUGCAGAUCAAGCGGGCCCGUGAGAUGAUCGUCAACCUAAUUGAUGACCCUCAACAUUAUCAUGAUCACUUCGCAACAUUCUCGUCAUCAGUUGCGAUGUCAGUGACAUACGGCUACCAGACUAGUCCCCAUAAUGACCCUCUGGUUCGAAUCGUAGAAAAUGCACUGGCUAUUGGCCUUAAGGUGAUGACCCCAGAGAGAGCAAUCCUACUUAGAAUCUUCCCCUUCUUACUGAGGUUACCUGACUGGUGCUGGGGGUCCGCGAUCAAACGCGAUGCUCGAAUUUCGACCCAUCGCAUGACUGAAAUGACGGACCUGCCGUUCCAAUAUGCGCAGGAGCACAUGGCCGAAAACUUGUCCCUCAGCCAGGUUUCUAUGGUAUCAGACAAUCUGCAACGGAUGGAGAGGCUGGAUCACGCAUCAAAAUCCAUCUUCGAGACUGCCUUAAAGAAUGUAGCUGCUACUGCUAUUAUAGGUUCAUAUGAGACGACCACAUCGGUCUUGAUGACAUUUUCUCUCGCCAUGGUAUUGCAUCCAGAUGUUCAGAGACGCGCACAAGCGGAGAUCGACUCGGUGGUUGGAGGAGAUCGCUUGCCUACAUUUGAAGAUAGAGCCUCGCUACCAUACGUUGAAUCAGUCCUGCGCGAAACUUUGCGAUGGCACCCAGUCGGAAUCCUUGGCGUUCCACAUGCCACCUCGAAUGAUGACACAUACGAUGGUUAUUUCAUUCCUAAAGGAGCAACCGUCAUAUCCAACAUAUGGGGCAUUUCACGGGAUGAAAAGCGGUACCCCGAAGCAUCUAGCUUUAUACCAGAGAGAUUCCUGGACGUCAAUAAUGCGCUGACGGACGAUGACCCUGCUGGAUAUAUUUUCGGCUUUGGCCGGCGUGCAUGUCCAGGCCGACAUGCUGCUGAUGCCUCUGUGUGGUCCGCUAUUGUUACUAUGUUGGCCACGGUGGAGUUUUCUCCUGCCAAAGACGACCAGGGCAAAGUGAUCGAAUUCACCCCCCGAUUCACGACGGGACUCACUCAUGCCAUCGCUUUAGCUCCCCCGUGGUCUUCCCUUGCAAUAUCUCAGCACGCCCUCGUGCCCAUUCAGAACUUGUAG